GCGCGUAAACGUGCUGUGCUCAGACUCAGGCGCUCAGAGAGGACGCUGAAUGAUGUUGAAGUCUGCAGACUGAAUGACUGAUGGAGCGCACAUGUGAAGCUGAAUGAUGCUGAGAUCAUGAACAGCGGAGCAAAUAGGUAACCGAUAACAGGACACGAUUCACAAUGGGUCAGCUGAGCUGCUGUUGUCCAGUUUAGAUGGCAGAUGUCUCACAGAAUGACUGGGGAGAUGUUUGGCGUCACAGAAUGUGUCUUUGCCACUGAGCUUUAGAGACUGUCGUUAAACGUUCGCAGGUGGGAUAAACCAAAGAAAAGAACUUACGUCUCCUGAAGUGUCCUGUCACACCUUUGGAGACUCGGGCGCGUAAAGACCGAACCGCAGCCGAGCGCGAAGCUAUGCGCACACUUUAAGGCUGCACCUAGUCUGACCUCCCUGCAUUAUGCUGAAUGGACCCACCUUCCGCCGCUACGACCCGAUGCGACUGGUCGACCCAAGGCACCUCCCGCAACUGAUGUCCCUGGAGGACCAUGUGCCCACCAUGGCGGUAGGGACCCUGGAGCCGCGUAACUCCACGGCGACGGUGGGCGAGGAGGGGGCCCCGGGUCAACAGCAGCACUCCUUCCCGUGGGUGGCCACCGUGCUGGCCGGCGUCCUCAUCACGACCAUUGUGGUGGAUGUUAUCGGGAACCUGCUGGUGAUCGUGUCCGUGUUCAGGAACAGGAAACUCAGGAAAGCAGGAAAUGCCUUUGUGGUUAGCCUGGCCUUUGCUGACUUGGUGGUUGCCAUCUAUCCGUACCCACUGGUCCUGACAGCCAUCUUCCACAAUGGCUGGAUUGCAGGUUAUAUCCACUGCCAGAUUAGCGGCUUCCUCAUGGGACUCAGUGUCAUCGGCUCCAUCUUCAACAUAACUGGCAUCGCGAUCAAUCGUUACUGCUACAUUUGCCACAACCUCAAGUACGACAAACUUUUCUCCAGCAGCAACACGAUAUGCUAUGUUAUGCUUGUCUGGACGCUCACAAUCCUAGCCAUCGUGCCCAAUUGGUUUGUGGAGUCGCUGCAGUACGACCCAAGGGUGUACUCCUGCACCUUCGCACAGUCGGUUAGCUCACUGUACACCAUCACAGUGGUGGUGGUGCACUUCAUUCUGCCGAUGAGCAUCGUCAGCUAUUGCUACCUACGCAUCUGGAUUCUGGUGAUCCGGGUCAGGCGGAGGGUCAAGCCAGACUCGCGGCCCAAAAUCAAGCCGCACGACCUUCGCAAUUUUCUCACCAUGUUUGUGGUGUUUGUGCUUUUCGCUGUAUGCUGGGCGCCACUGAACCUGAUCGGCCUGGUGGUGGCGCUGGAUUCCAGGCUGAGCCGGGCCAUACCAGAGUGGUUGUUCACGGCCAGCUACUUCAUGGCGUACUUUAACAGUUGCCUCAAUGCCGUCAUCUAUGGUGUCUUGAAUCACAAUUUCAGGAAGGAGUACAAGAGGAUUGUUCUGAUUAUCUUCAAGUUUCACUGCUGAGAUGAAAUUCUCAUAGAGUAGAUACACGGAGUAGUGUUUUUUAACAUUACUCCCAAAAGACAAUUAUUGAAAAGCCAUGAGCAAAAUAAAUAAAAGAAGACGAGAAAAGCGGACUAAUAAAAACACCACUGUGAAAGGAAGAAGCAGGAACAUGUAGUAUGAAAGAGAAAAGCUGUGGAACUUAAUUUUCUGUAUGAGAAGAGGAAGAUAAAGAUGAAGUAAAAUAAAUGACACCAUACCGAUAGUUAUCAGUGCUGCCUUCAGGGAAACCGAGACUUUUUUCAAAUGUAGCAAGUCAGACUGAGACCGAACACUGGAAGUAACUCUUA